GUAGCUGUGGGAUUCUUAGAUCAAGCAAGAGAAUUUUUUUUCUGCCUUUACCACAUACUUAAUGUUUCUGUCAUCUCUAUUUGAACUAUUUGAACUGUGUGUUUUUCUUCCUUAGUCUCUCUGUUUUAUAUUGUCAAAUUCAACAUUUCUAAGAAAAAAUGGAGCACUUUCCAAAGGAUACUGUUCUAGAAAGCAGUGGGCCAAAGCUUUUGGAGACAGCUGAAGAAAUCCAGGAGAGGCGCCAGGAAGUAUUGAGUAGAUACCAGAAAUUCAAAGACCUGGUUGUUAAGAGGGGUCAGAAGCUUGAAGAGUCUUAUUACUAUCAAGUUUUCAGACAAGAAGCAGAGGACUUUGAGAAGUGGAUCAUGGAGAAACUCACCAUUGCAAAUGAUAAGAGCUAUGAAGACCCAACUAAUAUCCAGGGGAAAUAUCAGAAGCACCAAUCCUUCAAAGCAGAGGUCGAAGCAAAAUCAGGGGUCAUUUCUGAUCUGGAGGAACGGAGAGAAACCCGAUUUGCCGAAGGUCAUUUUGCCCAUGAGACUAUCAAGGCCCAUCUGGAACAACUGCGCCAUCUUUGGGAUCUGCUAUGGGAGCUGACCCAGGAGAAGGACUUCUUGUUGCUGCGGGCCUUGAAGCUCCAGAAUUACUUACAGGAGUGUGCUGACAUCUUGGAGUGGAUCAGAGACAAGGAAGCUAUAGUGACCUCAGUGGAGCUGGGUGAGGACUGGGAGCGCACAGAAGUUCUGCAUAAGAAGUUUGAAGAAUUCCAAGUGGAUCUGGCAGUUCGAAAGGGGAGAGUGGAUGAAGUCAACCAAUAUGCCAAUGAAUGUGCAGAGGAGAAUCAUCCUGAGCUCCCACUGAUUAAGUCAAAACAGGAUGAGGUAAACGCUGCAUGGGAGCGACUGCACGGCCUGGCUCUCCAGAGAAAGGAAAUCCUGUCUGAUGCUGCGGACCUCCAGCGAUUCAAAAGGGAUGUGACCGAAGCCAUCCAGUGGAUCAAGGAGAAAGAGCCUCAACUCACUUCCGAGGACUAUGGCAAAGACCUCAUCACCUCCGAGUCUCUGUUUCAUAGUCACAAGGGCCUAGAGAGGAACCUUGCCGUCAUGGAGGACAAGGUGAAGGAGUUGUAUGCCAAAGCAGACAAGCUGAUGAUUUCUCAUCCUUCAGAUGCCCCUGUGAUACAGCGGAUGAAAGAGGAACUGGCCUCCAACUGGAAGCACAUCCGUGCCUUGGCUACCAUCCGAUAUGCCAAGCUCCAGGCUUCCUUUUGGUAUCAGCGAUUCUUAUCUGACUAUGAUGAGCUCUCAGAGUGGAUAGAAGAGAAGACAGCCUUGAUCAACGCUGAUGAGCUGCCAACAGACGUGGCAGGUGGGGAAGCCCUGCUGGACAGGCAUCAGCAACACAAGCAUGAAAUUGACUCUUAUCAUGACCGAUUUCAAACUGCUGCUGAGACUGGGAACGCCCUAUUGGAUGCCAAUCAUGAAGCGUCAGAUGAAGUUCAGCAAAAGAUGGCAACGCUUGAUAACAACUGGGCCGCCCUGCGGAAAUUGUGGGAACAGCGACAGCAUCAGUAUGCGCAGUGCUUGGACUUGCACCUCUUCUACAGAAACAGUGAGCAAGUGGACAGCUGGAUGAGCAGGCAAGAGGCUUUUCUGGAAAAUGAGGACCUGGGAAACUCUCUAGGCAGUGUGGAAGCCCUUCUCCAGAAACACGACGACUUUGAGGAAGCAUUUACUGCCCAGGAAGAGAAAAUCACAACGUUAGACAACACUGCAACAAAACUGAUUGAUGAUAAUCAUUAUGAUUCAGAGAACAUCGCUGCUAUCCGUGAUGGGCUGUUAGCCCGGAGGGAUGCUCUUCGGGACAGGGCCGCCACUCGAAGAAGAAUGCUGGAGGAUUCUUUGAUUCUACAACAACUGUUCCAAGAUUCAGAUGACUUGAAAAACUGGAUCAACAAGAAAAAGAAGUUGACAGACGAUGAAGAUUACAAGGAUGUGCAGAACUUGAAGAGCCGGGUUGAAAAGCAGCAAGUCUUUGAAGAGGAACUGGCAGCUAAUGAGAUCAUGCUCAAUAACAUACAAAAAACUGGUCAGGAAAUGAUUGAGAACAAUCACUAUGCCUCUGACAGUGUGGCUGCUCGUUUGAGUGAAGUUGCCAGUCUGUGGAAGGAGCUGCUGGAUGCUACAGAACAGAAAGGGACCCAGUUGCAAGAAGCUAACAAGAAACUGCAAUUUGAAAAUAAUGCAGAAGACCUGACACGUUGGCUGGAGGAGGUGGAGGUGCAAGCUACCUCUGAGGAUUAUGGGAAAGCCCUGACAGAUGCACAGAAUCUACUCAGGAAACAUGGCCUCCUGGAAUCAGCCAUGGCUGCUCGUCAGGAUCAAGUGGACACCCUGACAGAUCUGGCUGCCUAUUUUGAAGAAAUAGGCCAUCCUGAUUCUGGGGACGUACGGGUAAGGCAGGAGUCUCUGGUGUCUCGCUUUGAAGCUCUGAAGGAGCCACUGGCCACCCGCAAGAAGAAACUUGUCGACCUGCUCCGUCUGCAACAGAUCUACAGAGACACAGAGGAUGAGGAGGCCUGGAUCCAAGAGACUGAACCCUCAGCAGCCUCCACCAACCUAGGCAAGGACCUGAUUUCCACCAAGAAUCUUCUAAAUAGGCACCAGGUCAUCUUGGCAGACAUUACCAGCCAUCAGCCACGCAUUCAAGCAAUAACAGAAAAAGGAAACAAAAUGGUCGAGGAAGAACACUUUGCUGCAGAAGAUGUGGCUUCUAGGGUGGAGAAUUUGAACAAGAAUAUGGAGUCUCUCUGUGCUCGAGCUGCUAGGCGGCAGAAUGACCUUGAGGCCAAUGUCCAGUUCCAGCAGUACAUGGCAAACCUGCAAGAUGCAGAUGCAUGGAUUAGUGAGAAGGAGCCUAUAGCAGACAGCACCAACUAUGGGGCAGAUGAAGAAGCAGCAGGGGUUCUUCUAAAGAGACAUGAGGCCUUCCUGGUGGAUCUCAAGGCAUUCGGAAAAACCAUUCAGGCUCUCCGAGAUCAGGCGGAGGCAUGCCAGCAACAACAAGCUGCACCAGCAGAGGGAGCUGCUCGCGAGGAGAGGGUUCUGGCUUUGUAUGACUUCCAGGCCCGAAGUGACAGAGAAGUUACCAUGAAGAAAGAUGAUGUCUUAAUUCUGCUCAGCUCCAUCAACAAGGACUGGUGGAAGGUUGAAGCUGAUGACCAUCAGGGCUUUGUUCCAGCUGUGUAUGUCAGGAAACUGACUCAUGAUGAGUUCCCUACUCUUCCACGUCGACGGAGGGAAGAGCCAGUCAACAUCGCUCAACACCAGAAGCAGAUUGAGGAUAGAUACCGCUCCCUCUUGGAUCGAGCAGAUGAACGCAGACGUCGUCUGGCACAACGGUACAAUGAGUAUUUUCUGGCCUAUGAGGCAAGAGACAUGCUGGAUUGGAUCCGAGAGAAAAAGGCUGAAAACACUGGUGUGGAAUUAGAUGAUGUUUGGGAACUGCAGAAAAAGUUUGAUGAAUUUCAAACGGAUUUGAAGACCAAUGAGCCCCGGCUAAGGAAUAUCAACCAGUUAGCUGAUGAUCUGCUGUUUGAAGACCUACUAACCCCCGAGGGAGCUCAAAUCCGGCAGGAAUUGAAUGCUCGCUGGGGUUCCUUGCAGAGGCUUGCAGAGGAACAGCGGCAGCUGCUGGGCAGUGCCCAUGCUGUACAGAUGUUUCACAGAGAUGCAGAUGACACGAAGGAGCAGAUUGAGAAGAAGUGCCAGGCCCUCGGUGCUGCAGAGCCUGGCUCAGACCUGUUCAGUGUUCAGGCCCUUCAGCGGCAGCAUGAGGGUUUUGAAAGAGAUAUUGUAACCCUGGGAGAGAAGGUGACCAUUCUGGGGGAAACAGCAGAGCGGCUCUGUGAAUCCCAUCCUGACGCCACUGAGGAUUUGCAGAGACAGCGGACGGAGCUGAACGAGGCCUGGGACAAGCUGCAAGGCCUAGCAGAGGACCGUAAAGACAGCCUGAAUGAGGCUCAGAAAUUGUACAUGUUCCUCAACAAGGCCAGGGACCUACAGAACUGGAUCGUGGGCCUUGGAGCCAUGGUAUCAUCACCAGAACUGGCUGAAGACUUAACCGGCACAGAGUUCUUGCUUGAGCGACACCAGGAACAUCGUGCUGAAAUGGAGGCAGAGUCCCCAACAUUCCAGGCCUUGGAGGACUAUGGUGCAGAACUUAUUGCCAGUGGACACCGUGAUAGCCCUGACAUUGAAGAAAAGAUUUUAGAGGUCCGACUACAGAGAGAAAAUUUGGAAAAGGCUUGGGAACAACGCAAAAAGAGCCUAGACCAAUGCCUGGAGUUGCAGCUGUUCCGAGGGGACUGUGAUAAGGCUGAGAGCUGGAUGGCAGCACGUGAGAAUAUCCUGAAGUCAGAAGACGCGAGUUCCUUGGACAGUCUGGAGGCUUUGAUGAAGAAACGUGAUAGUUUGGACAAAACCAUCGCUGCUCAGGAAGAAAAGAUCACUCAGCUAGAACAUUUUGCUGAGCGACUCAUAGCUGACGACCACUAUGCCAAGGAUGAGAUUGCUGCCCGGAUCCGACAAUUGUUAGACAGAUGGAAAUCUCUCAAACAACAGUUGAUGGUUGAGCGGACAAAACUUGGAGACUAUGCUGACCUAAAACAAUUCUACCACAAUCUCGAGGAGCUUAAAGAAUGGAUCGGUGAGAUGCUGCCCAUUGCAUGUGAUGAAUCCUACAAAGACCCCACGAACAUUCAGAGGAAAUACCUAAAACAUCAAACCUUUGAGAAUGAGGUCAAUGGGCGAGCUGAGCAAGUGGAAGGAGUCAUUAACCUGGGGAACUCCCUGAUCGAACGAGGGGCAUGUGAUGGCAAUGAGGACGCUGUGAAAGAGCAACUGGAGGAGCUGGAGAAACAAUGGGAUCUCUUGCUCGAGAGAACGCUGGACAAAGGGCAGAAGCUUGACGAAGCUAGUCGUCAGCAGAGGUUCAACACAGGCAUUCGGGAUUUUGAGUUCUGGCUGUCAGAGGCAGAGACGUUGCUAGCCAUGAAAGAUCAAGCCAGGGACUUGGCUUCAGCUGGAAAUCUGCUCAAGAAGCAUCAGCUAUUAGAAACAGAGAUGUUGGCUCGAGAGGCCGCACUCAAGGACCUGAAUAAUUUGGCUCAAGAGCUGCUGUCCAGUGGGACUUUCAAUGUGGAACAGAUUGUUGAGAAGAUGGAAAGCGUCAAUGAGCGCUUCAAUAAUGUCCAGAGCUUGGCAACGGCACACCACGAGAAGCUGAAAGAAACCUUCGCCUUGUUCCAGUUCUUCCAGGAUCUUGACGAUGAGGAAUCCUGGAUACAGGAGAAGUUAGUACGAGUGAGCUCCCAGGACUAUGGGAGAGAUCUGCAAGGUGUUCAGAACUUACUGAAGAAGCAUAAACGCCUAGAGGGAGAGCUAGUGGCACAUGAACCUGCCAUACAGAAUGUACUGACUAUGGCAGAAGAACUGGGAGAUAAGGCUGCUGUGGGACAAGAGGAGAUCCAGGAGCGGUUGGCACAGUUUGUUCAACAUUGGGAGGAGCUUCAAGAGUUGGCCAAGGCUCGUGGGAUUCAGUUGGAGGAGUCCCUAAAAUAUUUGCAAUUCAUGGAGAAUGCUGAAGAAGAAGAAGCUUGGAUUAGUGAAAAGGAAGCUAUGGUGGCCCGAGGAGAUUCUGGAGACACACUGGCUGCUACUCAGAGCUUGCUAAAGAAACAUGACACUUUGGAUAGCGACUUUGCCGUCCAUGAGACACGAGUGCAAGAAGUGUGUGCACAAGGAGAAGACAUCCUGAGUAAGGAAGAAAGUCGAAAUAAAGAGAAGAUUUCUGCCAAGAUAGUGGCUCUGGAGGAAAAGACUCCUUCUCUGGCCAAAGCCAUAGCUACUUGGAAGUCACAAUUGGAGGAUGAUUAUGCCUUUCAGCAUUUUAACUGGAAAGCUGAUGUAGCAGAAUCCUGGAUAGCUGACAAGGAAGCUGUCUUGAGGAUCGAAGGCAAUGGUACGGACCUCUCUGCCCUCUUCACUCUCCUUGCCAAGCAGGACACACUGGAUGCCACUCUACAGAGCUUUCAGCAAGAGAGACUUUCUGAGAUCACAGAGCUGAAGGACCAGCUGGUUUCUGCUGGACACAGCCAGAGUGAAGCCAUUGAGGAACGCCACGCUGCCCUGCUGAAGCGCUGGGAGCAAUUGUUGGAAGCCGCUGCUGCCCACAGGCAGAGACUGCUGGAGAAGCAGCUACCUCUAAAGAAGGCUGAAGAUCUGUUUAUGGAAUUUGCACAAAGGGCUUCAGCUUUUAAUAACUGGUGUGAAAAUGCAGAGGAGAAUCUGUCAGAACCAGUGCACUGCAUCUCUCUGAAUGAAAUUCGACAACUGAAGAAGGAUCACGAAGAGUUCUUGGCUUCUUUGGUUGGAGCUCAAGCCGACUUCAACCAUUUGGUGGAACUGGAUCAACAAAUCAAGGCUUUAAAUGUGCCUACUAGUCCUUACACCUGGCUAACAGUGGAGGUGCUGGAAAGGAUUUGGAAGCAUCUUCCUGAUGUCAUCAAAGAACGGGAACAGGAGCUGCAAAAGGAAGAGGAAAGGCAGAUGAAGAACUUUGAGAUGUGCCAGGAGUUUGAACAGAGUGCCAGCGCUUUCCUUCAGUGGGUCCUGGAUACCAGAGCUUAUUUUCUGGAUGGAUCUUUGCUAAAAGAAAAAGGAACUCUGGAGUCCCAGUUGGAAGCAAAUAAAAGGAAACAGAAAGAAAUUCAGGCAAUGAAACGUCAGCUGACCAAGAUUGAGGACCUAGGAGACAACCUAGAAGAGGCUCUGAUCCUUGACAUCAAAUAUAGCACCAUUGGCCUCGCCCAGCAGUGGGACCAACUCCACCAGCUUGGGAUGCGGAUGCAGCACAACCUGGAACAACAGAUUCAAGCCAAGGACACCAUAGGUGUGAGUGAGGAGACAUUGAAAGAAUUUAGCACAACUUAUAAACACUUUGAUGAGAAUCUGACAGGCCGAUUAACUCACAAAGAGUUCCGAUCCUGCCUGAGAGGGCUCAAUUACUACUUGCCCAUGGUGGAAGAGGAUGAACAUGAGCCCAAGUUUGAGAAGUUCCUGGAUGCCGUGGAUCCAAGCAGGAAGGGUUAUAUCUCACUGGAGGACUAUACAUCUUUCCUGAUUGAUAAGGAGUCAGAGAACAUCAAGUCCAGCGGUGAAAUAGAGAAUGCUUUCCAAGCCCUGGCAGAAGGCAAAGCCUACAUUACCAAAGAUGACCUGAAGCAGGCACUAACUCCAGAACAAGUGUCAUUUUGCACUGUACAUAUGCAGCAAUAUAUGGAUCCACAAGGUCGAAGCCAUCCCGCUGGUUAUGACUACGUUGGUUUUACCAAUUCCUACUUUGGAAAUAAUUCAUAAGCAGAUCCUUGUUCUCCAAAGAUAAUCUUGGUGUGUUGUAAAGCACUGAAUGACCAAAUGGACAGUCAAGUGUAGGGAAUAAAGAUGGCCAUGUGUGACAGUGUGUGUGUGUGGGGGGGUGGGGUGGGUGUAACAGUUCCUGCAGUACCUUAUAAGAAUCUCAAGCUUAGGAAGCAUAAGACAUUAAUAGAGUUCACAUAGUGGACGUUAUGGCUUAUUAUGUGUAAAGCUAAUCAUUGUCAACAGGCUCCAAGCCCUCCAUGUUAGUUUGAUCUAUGUGUGUGUUGUGAUGAUUUGAUUUUGCUGUGGUUAUACGAUAAUAUAUUUUUAUUAAAGUAAAUGUAUUUCUUUUAAAAGGUCAAAGGUAAAUAAAAUGUUUCUGAUCC